AUGCUCAACAAGGUCCUCGUAUAUGCUGGCUUACUAUGCACACUCACCUCAACAGUCGUUGCAGUCGUCGAAGUGAUCCCAGGUCCUGGUUUUCCGUCGUUGGAGUCUCUCGGCCUCACAUCUGAGGAGUUGUUUGCCAAAGGUCCUCUUCCCGCCCUCACCUCACGGAUUACCGAACUCCAAAAGCGCUACGACAAUGUCUGCCAGACUUGGAGCACGGGCAGCGUUGACAAUGUCAUCGCUUGUUUCAAUUACCUCGAGGCCCUUGGCACCCAGGCUUGUGGUGUCAGUGGAGGACCUGAAAGUAGUGUUAUCAUGUGCACCGCUGGAGAUGCAGAAGUUAGUGGCGUUAAUAUUUCUAACGAAUUCAGUGCCAGUUCAUACUGCUCGAAUGCUGUCUUGGGAGUGCAGUGGAUCUUUACAUACCGCAAUAAUGGUGGCCAAGUCGGGGGCUCUGCGGCGGCCAACGGCAAUGGCAACUUGGUUAUGAGCGUCGACAACGUCAGCUGGGGUUAA